GAAUUAUCCAUUGUCUGCUCGCACACCUGUGAGACUGUUUUCCUCGAGCUGUCAACGCCAGUUAAGGCAACAAAGUGUAGCUCCUUGGAUCAUUGUGAUGUACAAACCCCUUCAUCAUGAUAAGGUGGCAGCUCAGGGAGAAGGAAACAUAAAAUGAGUCAUUGAAAUCCAUCUGUUUGUUUAUUUGUGACAAUAAUAAAGUCAUCUUCUUAUCAGCGUCAAGCCUCCGUGCCAGGCACAGCGGCGAUAACAAUAUGGGUUUACCUUAAAUGAAUGACCACCUAAAACACAAAAAGACGGCAUAGAGUGAAAUUCCUUAGAUUUCAUUGAUUUAUUUCACCCUGUGGAACAGGUGUGCCAUGGACAUGAGGGGUGGUUUUAGGUUUCAUCUUAAGUACUAGAUCAGAUGUAUUACAUUUCUUGUAAAUUUGUAGUAUGCACGUUUUCAAAAUCUGCCUGUCUAUGGCAGUGUCUCCCAAACUUCAUUGAGCUAAGGCGCCCAUUAUAGAAUAGAAAGAUUUUGCAAUAUAAACAUUUCAUUAAAAAGUAUGCAUACUGAAAUAUAAAAUAUUUUAUCUUAAUGUACUCAUAAACCAACUUAGUGUGAUAUCGGGGCCAGUUUAACUGAACACAAAACUGAUAUAAUUGCAGUCACGGGAUUGUGCCCAUGGGACCCUAGUUGGGAAUGGCUGACAUAUGGGGUCCAUAACGAACUAUCAAAAGAACCAAGCUGAGACCCAGAACAUACUUGCUGUGAGGUAACAAUAAUCACUCAGACACUGAACUGACACAUAUAUAUGAUUAUGACUUAAACUAAAACAAAUUUGGCAAGGCGGGUAGGGUUGUAGGUCUCAGAGGUUUUGCUGCAACGAUUACAAAAAUGUACCAAUGACAUCAUCCUGAGUAUUUAACUUCUGGGUCAGUGCCCCACUGCCCUGUGUUGGCCUCCUCAGCUCCAGCCAAGUAUGAGCUGGCAGUAUGUGGGGACCCAUCAGAAUUUGUCUUGAUUACCUUCGGAGUCCUUGGUAGCUUGGUACGGCCUGGGUUCAUGACACAGACCCCAAGAUAAGGCCGAGCCCUCUUGAUAUCCAGACGUUACUCCACCAGCUCCUUUUCAUUGAGAAAAGCUUAUCAGUUUCCCAGGGUUAUACCACCAGUCACCUGGCAGAGAGCACAUGGCUGUUUUUCACGGAGUGUGUAUUGACAAGUCAAGGUCCACUUGGGUGGCCUUAUAAAUACAGACGUGGCGGAGGCAAGAGCGCCUCACUCCAGAAAAGCCUCUCCAUGAUGGAUAACCGAUGCCGGUGCAGCAGUGACAGACUGUUGAAUCCUAUCCUCUUCAACAUUCUCAGUCAAUUAGAUAACACCAGGCUGAGCCUACACGACUAUAAUUCAAUACCUCAUCGAUGCAACUGUGAGCUACGCCGAACGGUGUGUUUAAAAAGACCAUUGGAAAUUUGCAAGGAAGCCUCAUCGGUUUUGGUCAAAACCGUCCAUUUCAUGAAGAAUCUACCUGCUUUCAAGCAGCUUCCACCCAAUGACCAGUACAUACUCCUCAAAAACUGUUGGGUGCCGCUCUUCAUUCUGGGCCUGGCGCAGGAGCACGUGGACUUUGAGGUGGCCGACGUACCGGCCGACAGCAUGCUGAAGAAGAUUCUUCUGCGGCGUGAGGGGGGAACUGAGAUGGACAGGGAGCAGCCCACCAUUGCUGGCGUCAGCAAACUCAAGUCUUGUCUCAGAAAAUUCUGGAGCUUAGAUUUGAGUCCAAAGGAAUACGCAUACCUUAAAGGGACGACAAUAUUUAACCCAGACAUCCCGGAUCUAAAGGCAUCUCUGUUCAUCGAGGGCUUGCAACAAGAGGCACAGCACGCCCUGAGCGAGGUGGUCCAGCUACUCCAUCCCAGGCGGCAGGACCGUUUCGCCCGCAUCCUCCUCACGGCCUCUAUGCUGCAAAGCAUCACACCCAGUCUAAUCGUUGAACUCUUAUUCCGGCCUGUAAUCGGCCAAGCUGACCUGUUGGAGCUUCUAGUGGACAUGCUCUUUGGCAGGUAGAAGACAUUUUAAUGACAUUUUCUUAAAUGGAAGCAGACAGCAGGAACUGUUUCAUCUCCACAGAGAUUUAGUUGUCUAUGAUUACAAAAAGUUGUCUUAAUGUCCUCCCUUUUGUUGUUAUGUUAGGUCUAUUGUAAAUACCUUUUUUUUUUUUUGACAGAACAAUUCAAUUAAAUCUAUUUUUGUACAUGAACGCUGUUUUGGUCUUUUGGAGUUUGUUUCAAAGUGCAGUAUGUUUACCCAGUAAAUUUGCAUUCAUUUAUGUUGAGUUUUUGCUCUUACAUUUUCCAUCCUCAAGGACAGUCAUGAGGAGGCAGCCUGCCUGCACGACUCAGUAAAAUGGCUGUUUGUUUUUGGGAAGAACAUCUGCAUGCAUCAAAGUAAAAGGGCAAAUAAUAUUUCAUUCAGGUCAGGCUCUACAAAGAUUAGAAACUAUUGAUUUAACAAUGUUUAAGUGUUACAAAAUGUUGAAUGUUUAAACUUAAGCAGCAUGACAUCCAAAUUUAAUGGCACGCAAAUAAUUGCAGGUUGAUCUCAAUUAAUCAUCUCAAAAUAAAUUUUCAAGUUAAAGUCA